AUGUCGAGUGCAACUAACCCAGCUUUCCGCUAUCUCGGGAUACCACAAGCAUGGCUCAAAGCAAGCUGGAAGCCACGACUGCCUCCUCCGAAAACUUCUGGCUUUCUCUUGAUAUCAAGCUCUCUUUUGUCCCUAUACCUUUAUGACCGGCAUCAGUGUCGUAAGCUACGAGAGAAGUAUGUCCACGAACUGCAACACCUUUCACAAGCGAUAGUCCUCGACACACCCAAUGCUGCAAGCUGGAUGCCCCGAAGGAUCACUGUCUAUGGGGCCCGAAUUCCCGAGGAUGUUGAUGUUGAUCGCGGAGCCCAAUGGUUCAAGAAGUACGUCAAGCCCAUGUUGAUAGCUGCGGCGAUUGACUAUCGCAUUGAGAAUGGAAUAUCCCCAGGUGCCUUGGGAAGGAAAAUUGCGUCGGAUAUUCACAACGAGCGGAUCAUCCGAGCUGCUCAGAAUGCGGAAGCCUUCAAACAACCACCUGUAUCCGCUGGAAUGCCCGGGUUUCAGAUGUGGCAUUUUCAACAGCAUCGACUCGAGGGGGCAAAUCUGAUUCUUGGGAGGGCGUCGCUCAAAGAAUACCUAUGGGGUUUGAAAAAGGGCUAUCGAGAACCCUUGCCCUUGGAUGCACUAGAGGAAGACGAACGACUAUCUCGACAACUUGACGACGAAGGUCUUUUUGAUCUAACCGACCAAUCUGACGAUUUGCUCUCUGAAGGCCUUAGAGGCGUUACUGAGCAAAUCAGAAUGACGGAUGACUCUUGCCCUUCUCCGACACCACCUGAUCCUCACCCAUCGCAACAACCCGAGAAAUAUUCCAACUGGAUCUCAAAUCUAUCGCCGUUUUCCCCGUCACAUCUUGCCGCACAGUCAUCCGAGUCAAGCACAAGUUCACCUGCAGUACUCCCACCGUCCCCGCUACCCAAAACAACCACCUCUCCUUCUUGUUCCUUUCGAUCACCUAUCGGAAUGAUUUGGUGGCCUUUGAAGCUUUAUCGCUUUUUCAACCGAAGACAAGAUGUCAAGAAAGGUGCCGAGGUGGUCAAGAGUCUAAUCGUCGGUCGAUCUACCCCUAUCGUACCACCUACCGACCUAUCGGGCUUGAAUCAAUACUGUGGAUGGCUUCCUGCUGAUCAGGACGCCGAAGUGCCCAUUGACCUUUCUAUCAAGAUGACUGGAUCACCUCACCUCGACUUCCUCUGUCCUGAAGCCGAGCAGCAUCUGCGACGAUCUUACAAAAAAGCUUUUCGAAAUAUCACUGAGGAGCGUGCUUUGUACCGUCAGCAAUUGAAAGAAAGACUUACUGAGGCUCGGAAAACACAACUCAGCACUGACACCGCAGAGCUGAAAAGCGACUCGACUCUCCCAGAGGGUCUCACUGAGGUUCGACUGCGGCAAGAGGCUCUGUCUAAGGAAAAGAAAUGGCGAAAUGAUCUUGAAGGCUGGAGGAUCCUCCGGACCGGUAGUGGAGUGUGUUGGGACGCUGAGAUGGCCCAGUCCCUACAUGUAUAUGAGCUCUAGCAAGCGCUUCGGAAUACUGAGGGCUUGAUCUGCAAAAUGAGGUGUAAAUGUGAUACGACCGGUCAACAGAAAAUUCAUGUCUGCAAUGACCGUUCUAUGUUUUCUAUUCAAGCACUCUACAGGCUGAUCAGUGCUCAUAGCUUAUGUCAAGCAGGCAAACUCUAAGCUGAAGGUCAGAGUCUAUCAGUAGAAAAAGUUCCCCACCUCCAGAUCUGGUCAAGACGAAUUAGUCAACUUAUUUGAGAUAAGAUGAGACCAGCAGAG